AGAAAAAGAAAAGCCAAGGGAGAAGGAUAACUGAGUGCCCUCUGUACUAUACCUGAUCAACAUGCAUAAAGUUGGUUCCUGUGUAAGUGGCCGGUACGCAGGUCUCAUGAGACAGUCCUGCUGCUCACUUGGUUUGGCCAGAUUUCACCUGGGAAUUGGCGCAGUAUGUCAGAAACCAGCAUUCAAACACCCUCCUGUGGACCUCCCAGAGAUGCCGCCAUGCGAUUUCCAGGGAGAGAAAUACAAGGGUUUGUCCAAAGAAGGGAUGAUGAAGAUCCGCAAGGAGCAUUGCAACCCCGUGACCAUGAGCAUCACCUACUACGAGAGACCGAUUUACAUCUACCACGGGUACAACCAGUGGCUGUGGGACGUGGACGGGAGGAGAUACCUGGAUCUGUUUGCUGGCGUGGCGACUGUCAGCGUCGGCCACUGCAACCCGAAGGUGACCGCAGCUGCAGAGAAGCAGCUGAAGAGACUGUGGCACACUACCAACAUCUACGUCCACCCUACCCUCCAUGAGUACUGUGAGAAACUGGCCUCAAACUUGCCAGAUCCCCUGAAGGUGAUAUACCUGACCAACAGUGGCACAGAAGCCAACGACCUGGCCAUGCUGAUGGCUCGACUUUACACGGGCAAUUAUGAAAUCAUCACUUUCAGAGGGUCGUAUCAUGGUGGCAGCCAGCAAACCAUGGGCCUCACCUCCAACUCAUCAUAUAAAUACCCCAUCGCCACUAGCUCGGGCUGCACACAUGUCAUGUGUCCUGAUGUGUUCAGAGGUCUGUGGGGAGGAAGCCACUGCAGGGACUCUCCUGUGCAGACCAUCAGAGAGUGUAACUGCGCCCCAGGUCAGUGCAUGGCAAAGGAUCAGUACAUUGGACAGCUCAACGAGGCGUUUGCUACGAGUCUCCCAAGUCGGAUUGCUGCUUUCUUUGCAGAGCCUAUCCAGGGCAUGGGAGGAGCCACGCAGUACCCCAAAAACUACUUGAAGGAGGCCUACAAACUUGUGAAAGAGCGCGGAGGGAUCUGCAUUGCAGACGAGGUCCAGACUGGGUUUGGACGAACGGGAACCCACUUCUGGGGUUUCCAAGGUCAUGAAGUGAUGCCUGAUAUGGUCACCAUGGCAAAGGGCAUCGGUAAUGGAUUCCCAAUGGGAGCUGUUGUCACAACACCAGAAAUUGCGGCAUCUUUUGGGAAGGCCUUCCACUUCAACACGUUUGGAGGAAGUCCUAUAGCUUGCGCCGUUGGCUCAUCUGUAAUUGAUACUAUCAAAGAAGAGGGCUUGCAGCAGAACAGCCAUGACGUGGGCACCUACAUGCUGACAGAGCUGGCAAAGCUCAGAGACAAGCACGAGAUCAUCGGUGACGUCCGUGGAAAGGGCCUGCAGAUCGGUGUGGAAAUGGUCAAAGACAAGGCCAGCAGAGCCCCGCUGUCUCCUCAGGCAGCGAGCGAGAUCUUUGAGGAUGUGAAGGACAUGGGGGUCCUGAUAGGGAAAGGAGGAGUCUACAAACAGGUCUUCCGCAUCCAACCGCCCAUGUGCAUCACAAAGGCGGAUGCAGAUUUCUUUCUCGCAGUUUUUGACAGUGCCGUAAAAAACUACAUGGACAGACACUGAGGGAGUCAGAGGGAGUGACUCCACGCUAAGUAACCCAACCUGGCAACCCCCCGAAUCAACAUUGGACUGGAAAUCUUUUCAAAUGUUAGUAAUCAUUUUGCUGAAUGUGCUUUUUAUUUUGUAGAACUUAACUUUAACUUUAACAGUUAAUUAUCUACAUGCUGUAAUUAUGAAGAAGCCCAUGUUGCUGCUUCAGAACAUUUUGUUCCAUUUCCAGUUAAGACUUGGUUAUUAAAUACACUGAAAAAUUCUCAGGAAUACACACACUGUACAUAUUUUAUAUAGUCGCUGUACAAAACAAUCACAGAUAAAUCAUCUGAAUGUAAUAAUGAUUUCAGGUUUGAUGAAACUAUUGUGUUGUUAAAUAUUUGCUUGAAUGUUUCAUUUUGAUUUUAUUUUUUUAUCUUACCAAUAAAACUACAUUUGAAAAGG